AUGUUUGCACAUUCUUAUCAAAAGAAGCAAAUCGAUUCUAUGUUGCAUUCUGUCAAAGCUGUGCAAGCGCCGUCAAUUCUAUCUUUGCAUUCUUAUCAAGAAACUGGCCAUAGGCGCCAAAUCGAUUCUAUGUUGCAUUCUUAUCAAAGCUGGCACCGGCGCCAAAUCGAUUCUAUGUUGCAUUCUUUUAUCAAGAAGCUGGCCGCAGGCGCCAAAGUCGAUUCUAUGUGCAUUCUUAUCAAGAAGCUGGCCAUGAGCGCCAAAUCGAUUCUAUGUUUGCAUUCUUAUCAAGAAGCUGUGCAGAGCGCCAAAUCGAUUCUAUGUUCCAUUCUUAUCAAGAAGCUGGCCAUAGGCAAAUCGAUUCUAUGUGCAUUAUCAAGGCUAAUACCCAGGCGCCAAAUCAGUCUAUGUUGCAUUCUUAUCAAGAAGCUGGCCAUGGCGCCAAAUCGAGUCUCUUUGCAUUCUUAUGAAGCUGGCCAUUGGCCCCAAAUCGAUUCUAUGUUGCAUUCUUAUCAAAGCUGGCCAUGGGCAAGCUGGCCAUUGACUACCGUCGAUUCUAUAUUUGCAUUCUUAUCAGAAGCUGGCCAUAGAGCGCCAAAUCGAUUCUGUCUGUUGCAUUCUUAUCAAGAAGCUGGCCAUAGACAUAAAUCAGGUCUAUGUUGCAUUCUUAUCAAGAAGCUGGCCAUAGGCGCCAAAUCAGUCUAUGUUGCAUUCUUAUCGAAGCUGGCCAUUGGCCCCAAAUCGAUUCUAUGUUGCAUUCUUAUCCAUAGGCGCCAAAUCGAUUCUAUGUUGCAUUCUUAUCAAGAAGCUGGCCAUAGGCGCCAAAUCGAUUCUAUGUUGCAUUCUUAUCAAAGAAGCUGGCCAUUGGCGCCAAAUCCGAUUCUAUGUUGCAUUCUUAUCAAGAAGCUGGCCAUAGGCGCCAAAUCGAUUCUAUGUUGCAUUCUUAUCAAGAAGCUGGCCAUAGGCAUAAAUCGAUUCUAUGUUGCAUUCUUAUCAAGCUGGCCAUAG